UGCUUUUUCCGGUACCACUUCAAGGCCAUAUCAACCCCAUGCUUCAGUUAGCAAACAUUCUUCACACAAAAGGCUUCAACAUCACCAUCAUUCACACCCAAUUCAACUCACCUCAAUAUCAAUCAAUCUACCCUCAAUUCACCUUCAAAUCAAUCUCAGAUGGCUUCUCCAUAUCCGACAAAGACUCCACUCUGAAUCUGGAAACCGGUAAUUAUGCCGUCAACUUCAUGAACAAAAGCUGCAUUCAUCCCUUCAGGGAUUGCUUGGCUAGGCUGCUACAAGAGGAGCCUGUAGCUUGCUUGAUCUCAGAUUCACUAUGGCACUUCACUCAGUCUGUUGCAGACGGUCUGAAACUCCCACGGAUCGCCUUACGCACCAGCAGCAUGUCCUGUAUCCUUGUGUAUGCAGCCUUGCCUCUUGUUCAAGAGAAGGGCUACUUAAAGACCACCAACCAUGAGCUGCCACCAAUGACAAACAAGGACAUGUUAAAGAUUUAUGCAGGCGGUUUUGAGGAGGGUAAGCUGGAGCUGAUAUCGAUCAUGAUCAAAGAAACAAAGGCAGCGUCGGGAAUCAUUUAUAACACCUUCAAAGAACUCGAAGAACCUGCAUUCUUAGCCAUAUCUCAAGAUUUUCGCAUUCCCUGUUUUCCAAUAGGUCCUUUUCACAAGUAUUGUCCAUCCUCCUCUAGCAGCCUACUAGAACAAGAUCGAAGCUCUAUUUCAUGGUUAGACCACCAACCAGUUAACUCUGUAGUGUAUGUGAGUUUUGGAAGUAUUGCUCAGAUGGAUGAAUCUGAGUUUGCUAAUAUGGCUUGGGGAUUAGCAAGCAGCAAGCAACGAUUCCUGUGGGUGGUUCGACCUGGUUCAGUCCCUGGUUCUGAGUGGCUGGAGUCAUUGCCUAAAGGGUUCUUGGAUGAGGUAGGUGAAAGAGGAUGUAUCGUCAAGUGGGCUCCCCAACAAGAAGUACUAGCUCAUGAAGCUGUAGGAGGGUUUUGGACCCAUUGUGGAUGGAACUCGGUGUUGGAGAGCAUCUGCGAAGGUGUUCCCAUGAUCUGCUCACCUUGUUCUUAUGAUCAGCCGAUAAACGCUGUAUAUGUAGUGGAUGUUUGGAGGAUAGGAGUGAUGCUGGAGAAGGGGAUGGAGGCUGAGGAGGUCGGAAGAGCCAUUAAAAGAGUCAUUGUAGACAAAGAAGGUGAUGAGAUGAGACAGAGAUCUGAAUCUCUUCAGGAGAAGGUGAACCAAUCUCUAGAGAUGGGUGGCUCUGCAACCCAAGCACUAGAGAAUUUAGUUGCUUAUAUCCUCUCUUUCUAA